CAGCUGUGUUUCGCCCUCUCGACAGUUGAUGAGUGAAGGAGAGGAGAAGGAGGCGUAGCGGCGGAUAAAUGGUACCGUUGGACAGCCAGUUGGCUCCCCAGACAAUUGGUCAGAUUACAUUUUCAGGAAGGAUCCGCAAAGGGGAAAUAUAUCGAUUAAGAUUUAGGUUAAUGUUAUAUUGAGCCGUAGCGUUCAUUCUUCCUGGAAUAAACGAUGUUAAAUCGACGGUUGAACGUUCCCUCAGGUGGUUUAAGGUGCAGACUGUGAAAUUUGCUGCAUUGGCUACUUUAACCGUCAGGGAUAUGGCCCCGGCCCUCACCAAAAUCCUGAAAGAUGGCCAUGGGAUCCACCUGUCCUCGCCUCCCGCCACUGUCAGAAUGGACUUGGAUGGUCGAGCCGUGCGUGGUACCGAGCUGGAGUCUCCGGUGAGGUCGAUAGACGAUGGAGACCUCCAGAAGUUGUGGCUGACACUGUCUCGGUUUCCCUCCCUGGACUCUGGUCUCCCUGCGAUCCUCCUGGACUUCCCUACCGACCCUCUGCUUACCCCGUGUCCGCAGGCGUCUGCCAGCCAGUGUGAGACGGUGCUCCUUCCCAGCCCUGCUACCCUCCUCAGCCUCUUUUCCCUCAACAAAGUCCUGCGAAAUUCUCAUCAGGUGGCCUGCGUCUUCCCAGGUGUACCAGACAUGUUUUUAGUCCCUGACCCCGAGCACAAUAGCCAAGAGGCUCGCCUGCUGCAUGGGCUCAGUAGUCCUCCUGAAUGUGGGCCAGAUGGUGGGGAUGUGCUUCACUCCCCUCUUAUCCUUACCAGUGUUCCUCCUUCAUGUUCAUAUGGGGAGAUAGACACCCAGGCUUACAUUCCCUUCUUUGCACCCCCGCCUACGCUGACACAGGGUAAAGUGGCUGCAAUGGGCCGGCAUCUUCCAUCUUCGGUGCAGCCUUGCAGCGGCAGGGUGAACUCUCGCCAGCUGGUGUCCGGAGCCGAGCUGGAGGCGGCCGUGAAGGAGCAGAUCUCCAGGCAGAUGGGGCUGUGUGGCCGAGCUCAGAGGCUCCAGAGGAGACUGCAUGCCCGGCUAGGAGAGCACGCUUUGCUCCACUGUGACCAGCAGCUGGAGGGGCUGAAAAGGCACUGUCAACUCAGCGGCGCGUCUCUCGACAGCCCGGACUCCGUGCUUUCUGGUGCACUGCAUCCGCAAGUGGGAAGUAAAACCCAUUGUUCCUGGCGGGAGUCGUCCACAGCCGCGUGUUCCUUCACAGAACUCACCGAGUUCAGCCGCUUCAGCCAGGCGGUGUUGAGGGGCAUUCAGGAGGCUUUGGACUCCGAGGCCACGGCCAGCAGCAGCUCAGAUGAGGAGGAGCAGGAUGAGGAUAAGAUCCCCGGCAGAACCAAGACUUCACCUGUCAGCAGCAGCAGCAGCAGCAGCAGCAGCAGCAGCUGUGAGGAGCAGUGGCUGGAAGAGAGAGCGGAGCUGGGCAGCAGAUGGACUUGGUUGCAGCUACGUCUGGCCGAGCUGGAGGGGAGGAUACAGCGGUCGGUGGAGCUCCACAAGCACAUCCGCUCUACCAAGGGUGGUGUUGUGCUUGCGGAGUCCCAGCCACUGACGGACAGACAGAUUCAGCAGACCUUGCUGAGUGAAAUGGCAGGGUUAUCCUGCACAGCCUCGGAUGUUGACAUGGAACCUUGCAGCCCCACACGCCUUCUGCACAACAUCGAGAGACAGAGUGCUCAGCUCAGCCAGAUUGUCAGCAGUCUGAUGCCUCCUCUCAGCUUUUCACCGCUAUCUAAACAACCACACACCUGGAAAGGCAAGAGCACCUUCACAAGUGGUCAGAAAGGAGUCACUAUUUUUGAGCCUGGGAGCUCUCAGAGGAGAAGGUUGGGGACCAGGAGGCUCUCCAAAGCUAAUAUGUCGCGUGUGUGCGCCCGGACCCGACCUCUGGUCAUCUACCACAAGCCUAAACUGUUCACCAUCAAGUCCUGCAAUCCCAGCAGUCCACAGGACUCCGGAAAGCCCACGUCUACCAUCUCCUCUUCUCUCUCGUCAUCGACCUGUUCAUGUUGUUCAGCUUGUGAUCCUGUAGUCCUGUGCUCUGAUCCAGACUGCAGCUCCAGUAGGUCCCUGUCCUCCAGCGCCCCCAACAGCACACCUCACCCUGUGCGGUCGCUUUCAUUCGAAACUCCUCUGUCCCACCACUUAAAGAGAGUGCAGGCCAGAGAAGAAUGGUCCCAAAGGCCUCUGCUUAUCAAUGUCCAACCAUCCAGUCAAGCACACUACAAUAGACGCAGCUCCACACCACUGCACAACAGUCGCACAUACAAGCAGCAUGCACAGCAUCAUAAAAGAAGAGUUAUGGGUCUGUCACCUAUCAGGAGGGCAGGCUCUGCCCAGAGUCAACGCAGGAGAGCCAAUCAGAGGAAGAGGAAGAGAAGACACAUCCACAGGCUCACAGAAGAUGAGGAAGAAGUCCUGUACCAGUUCUGUGAUCCAAACAGUUCAGAUGAAGUGCUGGAGGAGAGCUACACACGGUUCUCACGCAAGAAGGCCUCACAGGGCUUUGUUCGCAAACGCCAGGGAGAGAGUGUGUACAACAUCAACAACAUUGUCAUCCCCAUGUCUCUGGCUAAAGUGGAAAAGCUGCAGUACAAAGACAUCCUGACACCCAGUUGGCGGGAGAUUGACACAUCGUCUCUGAUGGACAGCGAGGCAGAGAAGAAGAAAGACGACGAUGAGGAAGAGGAGCAGGUGGAGGAUCUCACUAACACAGUGUUUGCACAGAGACACCUGGACGUGGAGCACAGGGAGAAAUUACGCUGGUCAUCAUGGGGAAAAAGAAAAUGCUGCAGGCUUCCUGAAAGAUCUGGCAGCAGGUUGUCGAGCAGUGGGGGCGGGAUGUGCACAUCAGAAGAGGAGAGCUCCGUGGAGUUGGGUUGUGCUCAGCUGGAUUCUGGUGAACAGCAAAGCUCAGAGGAGUGGCUGCCUCAGACACCCUGGGAGCCACGAGUGUUUCCUUUGGCCAAAGACGAGGAAGACGCUCUUCUCUCUGAUGACCUGGACAAAGUCCCAUCAGGAUGGCCGGAGUGUAGCUCUGCCUGCUCCACAUCAAAGAACUACAACUCCUGUCUCUCCCUAGCUCCGUCAUCUGGUGCUACACUGCCGCCUGGUGGACAAAGCCAGAGCUGCACAUCUAAUGGCAGCUGAGACAGCAGUGCCUUUUAAAAAAAAAAAAAAAAAUUGUUAUAUCUCCUGAUGCUUGGGACCACAAGGAGCAAAUGUGCCGUAGGAACCUUAAUUGGGAUAUUUAAUACAUUCCAGAACAGUGAUUUGAUGUUAUUUGCUAAAUGCUUUAAACAAAAGUGUUUUGUAGGUGUACUUUGUGAGUAUUGUACUACUGUAGCUUCUGCUACUCUUUCAGGUUUUAAUGUAUAAAAGGUACUGUAUGUAAAGAGAUGUGUAUCAGCACAACCCCACUGUAGUCUCAGGUUUGUAUACUGUACGUAGUUGACACUUACUAUUUAUUUUCACAGUUGUCUUAAAAAGUCAGUAUAUGAAGACUUUAGCACAUACACAUUAUUUUUGUAACUUUUACUUGAUUUACAUGUGCUUUUUAACUUCAUGUUUGUUUGUGUAUUGAUACUGUCAUUUGGUAUAUAUUUUUUAUCAAAGUUAUUAUUAAACAUUUUCCUGCAGAACCUU